AUGAUUGGUGAUCUUUUUUUCCCCAAAUUGAUCAUUCUCUUGAAAGAAAAUAUUUCUGAGGAUCAGACUUGCGAGGUGCCGGUGGUGAGCACGGGGAUCGGCGAUUUUUGUGGAGUGAGACAGACAAUAGCCGGUCACUCGGUGAAUGCCUAUUUGGGAGUACCAUUUGCGCAGCCACCCAUCGGGAAACUACGACUACAGCCACCAAAACAAAUCGAUCACCACUUGGGUUUCCUCAGCACCGAUCACUAUGCACCUACUUGCUAUCAUACUUUGUGGGAGAGUUACGAUGGAUUUGUGGGCGAACAAGCCUGGAAUCCACCGGAUCGCCACGUUUCUGAAGAUUGCCUAAAGUUGAACAUUUGGGUGCCGGGGAAUCUAAAAAGCUCCGAGAAACUUCCAGUGAUGGUGUGGAUUUUCGGUGGAGGAUUUAUCUCUGGCUCUCCAUCACUCGAUUUCUAUAACGGAUCCGUUUUGGCAGCUUUGCAAGAAGUGAUCGUCGUUAACAUCAAUUAUCGGGUCGGUGCCUUGGGAUUUACGAGUUUCGGGCCAAAAUCCUCAAUUUCCGGCAAUUUCGGUCUUUUGGAUCAACAAGCUGCUUUGAGAUGGAUCCACGAGAAGAUCGGUGAUUUUGGUGGAGAUCCGAAUAAGGUGACCCUAUUCGGCGAGAGUGCUGGCAGCGCUUCGGUGACCUCACAUCUCUUUGCCCCAGACAGUCAUCCAUUCUUUCAACGAGUCGCCGCAUCGUCCGGCACAAUGAUCCAUCAUUGGGCCACGAAUCCGGAUGUGACCGAUUCAUCAGCGAAAUUGGCGAAACUUCUUGGAUGUCAUGGAAAUGAAGAAGCGAUUCUCGAGUGUCUUCAAGGAGUAGAAGUUGCUGAGUUUCAGCAAGCAGCCGAUUCCCUGGCCACCGGUGUUCCCAUUCAAUUCACUUUCACUCCAAUUUCCGAUGAUCCCCUUUUCUUCAAGGGAAACGUUCAUGAUCGUUUUGAGAGCGGUGAUUUCAAACGCGAUUUCUCGGGUAUUUUUGGUCUUGUUGAGGAUGAGGGAUCUUACUUUUUACCCUAUUAUUUGGGUGAAGAGAGAUACGGAUUCGUUUUCGAUCCAAAAUUCGAUACGAACAGCGAGGAGAACAGUGCGAAGUUGAACUGGACCCAAUUCGAGAACUCGAUCAACGUUUUGGGGGGAUAUUUCGGAGAAGAUGCGGCAAUUUUGCAGCAAGUUCAACAACUUUACCUCAACACGUAUCAAAUUGAUCGAAACUCCCUAACUUCCCCAUCUCCAUUUCUUCGCGAUUCGAUCGCUCGCCUCUACUCCGAUCAAUUCUUCAACUGUGACUUUACCCAUUUCAUCGAACAUAUCUCGAAAUUUAUCACCGGCAAUAUCUACUUUUAUCAUUUCCGUGAAAGAUCCACCUCAAAUCCAUGGCCUAAAUGGAUGGGUGUAAUGCAUGGUUACGAGAUCGAGUACUAUUUCGGUGUGCCGGUUCGAUCACCCGACACAUACGAAAGUGUAUCAAGAGAGUCUGAAAAGCGUUUCUCUGAAAAUUUGAUGCAAAUGUGGGCGGAUUUUGCAAGAAACGGUUCACCAUCUCCAAACUGGCGACCCCAUUCGGAGUCUCAAAAGCGUCUCGUUUUGGAUAAAAAGUUAAAUGAUGGGAUUUUCGAGCACAUCGCCGAUCCCCAUCACGAUACUUGCAUUCCACUGCUCAACUACAGGAGAAGACCCAUAACAAAGAGCAAAAUUGAACUA